UGUACAUCCAGCCCACUAUGAAGAACUGUGAAUUGAAUCUGGACUAAUUUACCGGGAUAAAUUUAGUCCUUAACUUUGGGGGAUUUGAACAAAGAAUGGAAGAGGAGAACAUCAUUAUGGCAUCAGAGAGUUCUUGUACUUCUACAUGUGAGAGUGUGGAUGAAUUUGAUGAAUCCUGUGGUCAUUUGAAAUUUCGGAAAAGGAAAACCAAGGACGACUAUCAUGGUAGAGAUUAUAAAAUAGCAAGAGGUUCACAAUCUUAUUCUAUAGGAGAAUGUGUCUCUAAUUGGAAGAUCGAAAGAUUGGAUAAACUUGGUCUAUCUUACAAAAAUCACACAUCAAACUUCAAGGACUUCUUCAAAGUAGUAGAAAAAUUCGGUUUUGGGCCCCUUUCUGAAGAAAAGAAAAGCAUUUUAGAGUCUCUAACAGAAUUGACUAAGAAAGCAAUGUCAAAGACAUCCUUUAACAUGACACGAAAAGAGAAUACUGAAUACUGUAAAGGAGAGCUGGGGAGUUGUAUUGAGGUGACGGAAGAGAUAAAACCAUUGUGGGACAGCCUUGUGUCUAAAGGGGAAUUAACUUGGUAUCACACACAGAUAUUGGUACAUCUUCUGAACUUUUAUGAACAGUUAACUCUAUUUCUUCGUGCAAGAUGUGUCACAUACACCCACCCUCCAGUUGAAGCAAACUAUAGGGCUCUGUUGGCUUCUUUUGUUAAAAUCUUUCUACUGAGAGCAAAACAAGGAGAAGAAUUAAGGAGCACUGUGAACAUUAAUGGUGUACCUUCAUCUACAGCUCCUGCUCUACGUCUUGUUAAUGUGGGCGGUUUGCAGGAUAUUGAAAGGAACCUGUGUCUGUGUGUCAUUUCUGUGGUGAAAAGGUCAGUCAGAAGAAGUGGAUCUCCUGAAAGAUUUGACAUUCAUUCUGCACUCUCAGAUGAUAUUCUUGCACAGCAUGCUGGUGAACUACUGCUUGAAUAUCAAAAUACACAGUAUGCUAGCAAAGACUGUGACUCCAAAGUGAUGUUAGGAAUCAUUUGCUUGGAAACAACGCUUGUUUUCACUUGGUUGGAGCUUGGUGAUAUUCAUUAUGCGGACAUUAAAGAAGGCAACUUGUUCCAGAAAGACAGUACCAAUAGGGAUGAACCAGAAAUACAAGACAAGAAAGAAAGUGGAGAAAUAUCCUACACUAGACCAUAUGAUUACCUACUGAGAGAGGACAGAGAACAGAUCCUGGAGUUUUUGUAUGAACUGGCUUUUCAAUCAGAAGAAAAACUUUCUGCUAGAAAAAAACAAAAAUCCUAGUUUUAAACAAAUUAAAGUUUUGA